UGGAAACGUGUUCUGUUGCCAAGGAGACGCUAAAGUUGCUAAGGACGCCCCGGAAACCUCAGGCAGUCGCGAGGCGCCGAGGUUCCCAGCGGGGGAGCCUGGAACCCGGUCCCGACUCGGAACCCGACCGAGUCCAGCCUGACCCGACCGACCUCUGCCUGACCUGACCGACCUCGGCUCUGGCCCUGACCCCGGCCUUGGCCCCUGCCUUGUCCUUGCCUAGACCCCGACCCAGACCCUGGUCUUGUCCCUGCCCUUGACCCCUACCCUCUCCCUUCCGGGACUCUGAUCCCAGCUCCUGCCUCGUCCCUGCCCUGGCCAGCCCCCUCCCCAAUUCUUGAGUCUGACCCUUGACCCCUGACCACAGCCCUCCUUGGCCUGGCCGAAACCAAAGGCUCCCAGUGAGUCCUUUAACCCCAAUCCUGAGCCUCCCAGCCUUGAUCCGUCGGGGGCCGGACCCUGUGUCUCCCGUGGCCCCCUGACCCAAUCCUGGCCCCCCAGGCUCGGAUCCCCCGUGGUGCAAACCGCUCACUCCCCGCUUUUGCCUCUGGAGCCUGACACUCUCAGCCGGCCGCCCCAGACCCCCCCAGCUCCAAGAUGAGCAGCAGUGAUUCGGCCCUCAUGGCCAGAAUAAUCUAUUAUUGUCAAGAAAAGUACUUCCGACAUGUGCAGAAUGCGGCCGCAGAAGGCCUGGAGAAAUUCAGCAAUGACUCCGUUCUGCAGUUCUUCAAGGCGUAUGGCCUCCUUCGAGAAGAACACAUACAGGACGCCAUCGGCGAGCUGGAAAGUCUGAAGAAUCACCCGGACGUGUCGCUGUGCUCCAUGAUGGCCCUCAUUUAUGCCCACAAGCGCUGUGAGACCAUCGAUCAGGAGGCUAUUUCAGAACUUGAAAAUUGUCUCAAGGAAACCCGGAAAUCUGCCAGCACGAGCGCCUUGUAUUAUGCGGGGAUGUUUCUUUGGCUCAUGGGUAAAAAUGAGAAAGCCAAGGAGUACAUUGACAGAAUGCUCAAAGUGUCCAGCGGAUCCAGAGAGGGCUAUGUGCUCCGAGGCUGGGUGGACUUUACCUCUGACAAACAGCACACCGUAAAGAAGUCCGUCAAGUACUUUGAUCAAGGGAUCCGAGACACCAAGGAUGUGUUGGGCCUGAUGGGGAAGGCAAACUAUCUCAUGAUGCAGCAGAAUUACUCGGGUGCUCUGGAAGUUGUUAAUCAAAUAACAGUUACGUUUUUUAACUUCAUCCCAGCAUUUACACUGAAGAUGAGACUCUUCUUGGCCCAGCAAGACUGGGAACAAACUGUUGAAACAGGACAGCGCUGUAGUGGGCCAGCACAAAGCAUUCCAAUAAUGCAAAAACAUUGGCCUGCCUCACCGGGUUGUUCACACAUCUUAGAGCAGCAAGCCAAGUGUCCAACGGAAGGUCGACCAGCCCCCCAGCUUGUGGGGUCACGCUUAACUUGGAGGAAUUCCUAUUCCUGUUUCAGAAUCUUAGAAAAAGAUGAAAACAACAUCGAUGCCCAUCAGGUUCUGGCCGUGCACAAGUUUGCAAGGGAAGGAGAUGUCAAUGAGGCGAUCAAUCAGGUGAGAAAUCUGAUUAAGGCUUUGGAGACCAAGGAACCCCAGAACCCGAGCCUGCAUCUCAAGAAGGUCAUCGUCCUCAGUCGACUGUGUGGGAAGCACCAGAUAAUCCUGCAGCAAAUCUACAGUUUCAUCGAGCGCACCUUCCUAGCGGCGCCCUCAGAUGCGCAGUUCGCUAACGAGCUGGGCUACCAGCUCAUCCUUCAGGAGAGAGCGAAGGAAGCCGCUCUGUGGUACACGGAAGCCAUGAAGCUGGACGAGAGCAGCGUGGCGGCCCUGACAGGCAUCAUCUGGUGCCAGAUCCUGGAGGGCAACCUGGAGGAGGCAGAGCAACAGCUGGAAUUCCUGAAGGAAGUUCAGCUGUCCCUGGGGAAGUCCGAGGUGCUCACCUUCCUCCAGGCGCUGCUGGCCUCCAAGAAGCACAAGAGUGAGCAGGCGGCCACGGCUCUCCUCAAGGAGGCAGCGGAGCUCCACUUCUGCAGCAUGCAGGGCAUUCCGCUCAGCGUCGAGUACUUCGAGAAGCUCAACCCAGCCUUCCUGGUGAACAUCGUGAAGGAGUACCUGUCCUUCUGCCCUAAGCAGCCUAGAUCCCCAGGCCAGAUCAUAUCUCCUCUCCUCAAGCAAGCAGCAGUGAUCCUGAACCCCGUGGUCAAAGUGGCCCCCGCUCUGAUUGACCCGCUUUAUCUCAUGGCACAGGUCAAGUACCUGUCAGGAGAACUGGAGAAUGCUCAGAGCACUUUGCAGAGAUGCCUGGAGCUCGAUCCAACCUCUGCUGAUGUUCACCUCCUAAUGGCCCAGAUCUACCUGUCUCAGGGAAACUUCACGAUGUGCUCCCACUCCUUAGAGCUGGGAGUCAGCCACAACUUCCAGGUGCGUGAUCACCCGCUGUAUCACUUCAUCAAAGCGAGAGCCCUGAACAAGUCAGGAGACUACCCUGAAGCCAUCAGAACCCUCAAAAUGAUCAUGAAGCUGCCCACGAUGAAGAAAGGGGAGAGCAAGAAAACCAGGAACUCUUGUGUCUGGCCCAGCGAGCGGGUGUCCAUCCUGCUAGAACUGGCCGACGCAUUGCGUUUGAAUGGGGAACUGCACGAGGCCACCAAGAUCAUGCAGGAUGCCAUUAACGAGUUUAGCGGUACUCCCGAGGAGAUACGGAUCACCAUUGCCAACGUGGACCUGGCCUUGAGCAAGGGGAAUGUGGAGAUGGCACUUGGGAUGCUGAGAAACAUCACGCCCAAGCAGCCCUAUUACACGGAGGCCAAGGAGAAGAUGGCACACAUUUACCUUCACACUCGGAAGGACAUCCGGCUUUACAUCGGCUGCUAUAGAGAACUCUGUGAACACUUGCCCGGCCCCCACACCAGUCUCCUCCUGGGUGAUGCCUUCAUGAAUAUUCAGGAGCCCGAGAAGGCCCUGGAGGUGUAUGAUGAAGCAUACCGAAAGAAUCCUCAUGAUGCCUCCCUGGUCAGCAGGAUUGGGCAGGCAUAUGUGAAAACUCACCAAUAUAAUAAGGCCAUCAAUUACUACGAAGCCGCGCAGAAGAUAAGCGGCCAGGACUUCCUGUGCUGCGACCUCGCGGAGCUGCUCCUGAAGCUCAAGAAAUUCAACAAGGCAGAGAAGGUGCUGAAGCAGGUCCUGGACCACGACUUCGUGAAUGACAUCCCUUCCAUGAUGAAUGACGUCAAGUGCUUGCUUUUACUCGCUAAAGUGUACAAGAGUCACAAAAAGGAAGAAGUGAUGAAGACCCUGAGCAAGGCCUUGGACAUUCAGUGGAGGGUACUGAAGCGGGUGCCCCUGGAGCAGCCUGAGGUGCUCCCCUCCCAGAAGCAGCUGGCCUCCUGGAUCUGUGCCCAGUUUGGGGAGCAGCACCUCUCCGAGAGGGAUUACCCCAAGGCUGUCAAGGCCUACAAGGACGCCCUGUCCUACUCCCCGAUAGACAACAAGGUGAUGCUGGAGCUGGCUCAGCUGUACCUGAUCCAGGGGGACCUGGAUGCCUGUGAACAUCACUGCGCUGUCCUUCUGCAGAGUGACCAGAGCCACGAGACUGCCUGCGUGAUGAUGGCAGACCUGAUGUUCAGAAAACAGAAAUAUGAUGCUGCUAUCAAUCUGUACCGUCAGGUUCUUGAAAAGGCCCCAGACAAUUUUUCAGUGUUGAACAAACUGAUCGACCUGCUAAGACGGAGCGGGAAGCUUGAGGACGCCCCAGCCUUCUUUGAGCUGUCCAAGAAAGUAUCCAGUCGGAUCUCGCUGGAGCCAGGUUUUAACUAUUGCAAAGGCAUAUAUUGUUGGCACGUUGGACAGCCCAAUGAAGCCCUCAAGUAUCUCAACAAAGCCCGCAAGGACAGUGACUGGGGCCAGAGGGCCACCUACAACAUGGUGCAGAUCUGCCUCAACCCGGACAAUGAGAUCAUGGGAGGAGAGGCGCUGGAGACCUUCACCAUGGAGAACAGCUCCACUGAGAAGAAGGAGUCUGAGCAGCAUGGGGUACGCACUGCGGAGAAGCUCUUACGGGAGUUCUACCCUCACAACAAAGAGGGGCAGGACCAGCUGAAGAUGCUGCAGAGCUACUGCCUUCUGGCCACCAAAGAGAAGACCAAUGUGGAGACGGCCCUCGCGGCCUUCAUUGAGAUGGCCCAGAUGGAAAAAGAAAGUGUCCCAGCCCUCCUGGCCAUGGCCCAGGCCUACAUGAUCCUGAAGCAGACCCCCAAGGCCCGCACUCAGCUCAAAAGGCUGGCCAAAGCUCCCUGGGCCCUGGCCGAUGCAGAGGACCUGGAGAAGAGCUGGGUACUCCUGGCGGACGUGUACUGCCAAAGUGGCAAGUUUGACAUUGCCUCUGAGCUGCUUCGCCGCUGUGUCCAGUACAACAAGUCAUGUUGUAAAGCCUAUGAGUACAUGGGCCUCAUCAUGGAGAAGGAGCAGUCCUACAAGGAUGCAGCGAGUAACUAUGAGCUGGCAUGGAAGUACGGCAACCGGGCCAACCCUUCCAUUGGUUUCAAACUUGCUUUCAACUACCUAAAAGACAAAAGAUUUGUAGAAGCCAUCGAGGUUUGCCACAGCGUACUGAAGGAGCACCCCAACUACCCGAAGAUCAGAGAAGACAUUCUGGAGAAGGCGCAGGGGUCCCUGCGGCCCUAGCUGGAGCCGGGCUGGGCCCUGAGGACCAGUAGGAGGCACUGAAAUGGACGCUUUUCCUGCUGGACGGGGCCGGCCUAGAGGAAGGUGGGGGCUGGGGUAUGCAGAGACCUUGCUGGAAGGAGCAAGACAGGGCCUCCCCCCAUCGAGGCUGCUCUGGGGGUGCCCACACCAUCAGAAUUGUAAAUGUUGAAGACCACAUGAUCGCUCUCUUUCUGCCCUCCAUA